UUGCAAAGGUGUUUGUGUCAGUGGGGUUAUCCUCAUCCAACGAGGGAAGUUUACGUUUAGUUUAUUAGAUAUUUGAAUUUAUAUCAUGGCAGAUCCUUUGAGUAUUUUACGGCAGUACAAUGUUAACAAGAAAGAGAUCAUUGAACGUGAAAAUAAUAUUAUAUUUGGUGAAUUUUCAUGGCCCAAAACGGUUAAAACGAAUUACUUGAUGUACAGAUCUAAUAAGGAUGGAGUUAAAGAAUACUAUACUCUUGAGUGCUUACUAUUUUUGCUCAAAAAUGUUCAGUUAUCCCAUCCUGUGUAUGUGCGACAAGCUGCUGCUGUUAAUAUUCCUGUGGUGCGGAGACCUGAUCGUAAAGAUUUGUUGGCCUACUUAAAUGGAGAAACGGCUUCUUCAGCUAACAUUGAUAAAAGUGCACCAUUAGAAAUUCCUACGCAAGUGAAAAGAACAGCUGAAGAAACAUCUGAGUCUACUGCUAAAAAACCUAGGCUAGAAGAAAUUCAAGUGCAGAGAGUAAAGCAGCAAUUGGCUGCUCGUCUCGAUGCUCCUAAAGAAGCUUCUGUCAAUGUUGAUAACAUCAAGUCUCUUUCUGAAGCUAUGUCAGUUGAAAAGAUAGCAGCUAUCAAGGCAAAACGUUUGGCUAAAAAGAGGACAACAAUCAAAAGUCAAGAUGAUAAGCAGCUAGGAACUGAUUUAAAAGUUAUGUUAGAUUUAGAUGUAGACGUUACGAAAUUAAUCAUAUCCCGUGAAAGACAGUGGAGAACCCGAACUACUAUAUUACAGAGUACUGGAAAGGUUUUCGCCAAGAAUAUAUUCGCUACGCUUGCCUCGAUUAAAGUGAGAGAGGACGGAAGGCAUCGGCCACCCCAGCCAACUCCCGUAGUAACACCUAGAACGAACCCUGUAAAGAGUGCACCUCAACCGGCCGUUUACAACAGAUACGAUCAGGAAAGGUUCAUCCGCCAGAGAGAAGAAACUGAGGGAUUCAAAAUUGAUACAAUGGGAACAUAUCACGGUAUGACAUUAAAAUCUGUAACGGAGGGUAAUCAACCGAAGAAACCUGUAAAUAUGCCUCCGACGCAUCAACCAUCGUCCCAGCCUGCUCAACCAAUAGUUCCUGCUGCACAGCAAAGACUGAAUGCCUCAGUACCACCUUCAAAACGUAUAUCUCGGACUCCAAUCAUUAUCAUACCCUCAGCAACGACUUCACUGAUAACAAUGUACAACGCGAAAGAGAUCCUACAGGACUUGAGGUUUGUAAGUACCGAAGAAAAGAAAAGUACUGGUGAAAAGAGGAGUAAUGAAGUGCUGUUGCAGCGAAGAAAAGAUGGAGGACUUACCGUGCCAUACAGGGUCAUAGACAACCCCGGCAAGUUGAACAACAUGGAUUGGGACCGUGUCGUAGCCGUCUUUGUAAUGGGGCCGGCUUGGCAGUUCAAAGGAUGGCCCUGGAACGGAAAUCCUGUUGAUAUUUUUUCCAAAAUUUGUGCUUUCCACCUAAAGUAUGAUGAAAUGAAAUUGGAUGGCAAUGUUGCAAGGUGGAAUGUCAGCGUGAUGGAUAUUUCACGUACCAAACGCCAUUUAGAUCGAGCUAGUCUUAUGGUUUUCUGGGAUAUAUUAGAUAAGCAUUUGGUCAAGUACAAACCUCAUCUUCGUUUUUAAGUGUGUGUAUGGAACUUGGUGCGAAUUAGUGUUUGUUGCGUGUUACAGACUAAAAAAGAAUAGUUAUUAAUGAGUUUCACCUUUCACUUUAGACAUUAUUUAGUAAACAAAUUUAUUUUUAUGUUUUAGUUAUAUUAAGUUGAGAACCCAAUGUAAAUAUUAUGUAGAUAAGAAUUUUGCAAGAGAAGAACAAAAAGUUGUGUUCAUUAGCAAACAAAACUACUGUGAUUUUAAUUAGAAAUUAGAUUAAUUUCUAAAUCAAUAAUUUUAAUUAAUUUGGUACAGAUUGUAUCUAUUUAUGUAUAUAAUAUAUUUAUAAGAGAGAUGUGU